AUGCCUCCCCCACCCAGCCCCUAUGCCCUCAAUGCCACGCACACGAUCCCAGCGCGCUCCUCCGUCGCCAUCCCCAUGUCUAAGUCCCAGAAACUCACCGUGAUCAACACCCACGGCACCCAAGUCGUUGAUUUCUGGGCUUUCAAACUCCAUGCGCCUGAAUCAUCGACCCUGCCACCCUCCUCGAGCCAGCAGGUAGAGUUGACAACCUGCCUUUCAAUGUCCCAUACCCGGGCAGCCCUUCUUGGCCUCUCCCCCCUGGCGCCAUGCACACUGUAUACCAGCCAACGCACACCGAUGCUGAAGUUCGUCUCGGACACCUCCGGAGGCAUCCACGACACGCUAAUAGCGGCGUGCGACAUCCAUCGCUACCGCCAGCUCGGCGUUCCGGAGGGCCAAUACCACGAGAACUGCGCCGACAACCUCCGCCUGGCGCUCCAGCGGGACGUACCGGGAUAUGUGCUCCCCGCGCCGUUCAACACUCCCGAAUCCACGGUGCCGGACCCGUUGAAUCUAUUCAUGAACAUACCGGUUGCGCCGCUAGCACCCGCAUUGCACGAAAGCAACUUUACCGCGGGCGGGAAACUCAGCUUCGAACCCACCAUUUCGCCCAAGGGCGGCAGCGUCGUCUUUGAGGCGCUCGUGGAUUGUAUUGUCGUCAUGAGUUGUUGUCCGCAGGAUCUGGUGCCGAUCAACCACGGCGGGCCCACGGAAUGUCAAUUCAUCGUGAAAGCCUGA